AUGGGUAAAAAAUAACAAGUAUAGUAGCAGUAGCAGCCUAAGACACAGUAGUAAACAUCAUAGAAGCCUGAGUAAACAGAUGAGAAAAAGGAUAAAGAUUAGAAUCCCCAUGCACACAUCACUCUUUUUAGAAACCCAGUUUUAAUUACUUAAGUUCUGAUACUUUUAAUUGCAGAAGGUUUGAGAGCAACUUUUAAAUAUAUAGUGAAGCAUAUACUCUUAAUUAUAUCACUGGCGUCAUUAGUAGCUGCCUUCUACGUGGCACCAGGUCCACAUGAAUAAGUAUGUUUAGACCAUUAAUAGCCUUUAGUAUCGUCAAUCAUUCACAGACUUUAUGCUCUUUGCAGCUUGGUGGGACCUCAUAUUGCCAAAGUAACAAUGGCUUCUAAUGCUUGCAAUUAUGUGCCUGAGAGUUUGCCUUCUAGAUGGACAUUCCAUCAUUUCAAGCAAUGCCCUGAUUACACUGGAACUCCUACUAUUGCAGUAUUAUCCAUUUAUCAAGCUGUAAUAAUUGAAGCUUUCCUUUGGGGACUGGCGAGCCUUGCUGGUAAAAAGUCAGAUGAAUUUGAUGAAAUCCUUGAGGAAGUGAAUCAAGAUCAAGCUAAGUUAAGUUUCCUUGAGAAGUUGAAGGUUCCAAAUCCCCUUUUCGACUUAGCUGGCUUUUUAUGUGGUCACUUCUUAGUCCCAUUCUCUGUAUUUUUCGGAGCGACAUUCAUUGGUAAAGCAAUAGUCAAAAGUUUCUUUGUUAUAUUCUGUUUCAGUCAACAUUAAGUAGAUGUUAUAAUGUCUGCAUUAAAAGGUAUAAGCCCUAAGAUUUAAGACAUGCUAAAUGUAGCUAUUGAAAAGUAGAAAAAGACACUCUUCUCUGAAAAGACUAUUGAUGAAGCAAGACCAUUAGUAGCGGUACUAUGGGAAUACUUUGUAAUUGCCAUGGUUAUCUACUUUAUCAUCUCAAUAAUUAACUCACUCGUCCAAAAUUAUCUUAAUGAGCAGUAGAGAUUAGCUCGAGAAAAAGGAGAAUUAGGAGAUGCCCCAAGCGAAGAUCCCAAAUCUAAAGAGAAGAAUAAUGAUAAGAAAACUAAUUGA